GUGAGAGAGAGAGAGAGAGAGAGAGAGAGAGAGAAUAGCUACUGCAGAUAUUUUAUUGACAGAUUUUCAACAGAAUUCUGACAGUUCGAUAUUUUCUUUUCAGGCUACAAUGGAAAAUACUCAUUAGUUGUCUAUAUGUACCCUGUAGAACCGAAUUUGUGUUAAUAUAUUACAAUCGCAAGUACGUCUCUACAGGAAUACAUGGGCUACUGAAAUCCCACGUCUGUCAAGAUAAUCGUCUGCUUCAACUGUCGCUUCUAUUCAGUAGGUUAUAGCUGCGUUGUAUCACGUGUUAGCAUGAAUAAUAGGGCACGAAUAGCCAUAAAUCUCAGAAGAAGUCUGUGCAAAAUAUGUGUCUAACCUACAAACAAUCUACAUUGUCUAGAAGAAGCCCAGGCCUAGGCAUUGUAAGGACGUUCAAAGGCAUAUAUUUUGUACAGUAGGCUAUCUGGAAGCAAAGGUAUACUACUACUAGUCUGCCUGUACUAGUAAAACAUGUAAGCAACCAGCGAUCGUUUAAAGCGGACUGAUUUAGGCCUACUGUGUUCUAUAGCCCUAUAAAACGCCUCAAACAUCGCUGCCAAAAGUAAUAAAAAUGGCGGGCGCGCUCUACACAUAAACAAACCAUAAACAUCUGCCCUGCUAUGUUAUUUUCACCAGAUCAUGUUGACAAAUGACUAAAAGAAGACCACCACCUCGAAUUUAGACGCUGAUUUGCAAGCAGGUGAUUGACCUCGUGUUCUGAUCCUUAUGUUCUUAUAAUCCAUCCCUGUCGUAGUAGGCUAGAUUUAUUCUACAUUUAUUAAAAAUUAUUAUUAUAAUUAGUUAUUAGUCUAUUAAGCGAUAAAGUUCACAGACUGAUUAUACGUAGGCCUACAGUCCUGUGAUUUGUGGUCUCGUGCAUAAUUUAAAGGAUGGAAUAAAAAACACGAAUACAUUUGGCCAACAGUUAAUUACAGUAUAAUUGCGCCUGUAACGCAUCUGUGGCAAGUGAUACCACUCAAAAUUGACAGCUUUAUCUGCAAUGAUUUACUUUUCUGAACACAACAGUGUGGGGGGGUUUGUAAUGGAUGACGUUAUUUGCUCCGCAUGCUAGAACGGAUGUCAAAUGAAUAACCUAUACACGUGCCCUUAGACAGCCACUUGUGUUGAAGAAGAUGAAGCCACGAUGGACAAACACGUCCCUGAGACUCAUUUCAGAGUAACGUAAUACUGAUUUGUUUACUAGUUGGAUCACCAUUUCAUACUUAUGUAGUUUCUUGUUCAAAUGUAUAGACCUCUAUCCAGAGAGAGAAAGAGAAUGCGACGGAGAAAGGUAUAAAGUCAUACUGCGAUAUUCAACCAUAAUGCCAGUGAUAUUGCAGUAUCAUUGGCAUCUACAUAAUACUAUUUUAAAGCAGUGAAAUGUGUUUGACCGUUUUUGAAAGUAUUCAAAUGCAAAGUAUUACAUUUUUACUUGUACUUCAGUAUACUUCGUGAUGUUGUAGUUACCUAAAAAGCUAAUGUAUACUGGUAUAGUAAUGGUGUACCUCUGGUGUCCUCUGUCUUCUGAUAUGGGUCCAGUUCUCAUUUCAAAAACUCUCGCUUAGUUGGAACUGGAACGUAUGCAUAACACGUACGAUUUACGCGAACGUUCAUGGACUGUUUGAAGGCAGCAUCCGGAUAUUCUUAGACAGGGUUGCCUUUAUUUUUGGGAAUAAGGUAAUCCUGCCGCUGUUUUACUUGCAGUAAGCAGCCCAGUUGUUAUUGAGAUUUUGCGUGCGAUUAUCCAUUCACAUAUGUCUCUCUACCUCCAUUUCUAUUUCUGAAUACUAAUGAUGAUGAUGAUGAUGAUGAUGAUGAUAAUAGAACUAUAAUGAAAGGGUACACUUCACAUAAUAAGUGUUUGUUUUGAUUGUAUUGGUAAUACAAAUGGCGUGAGAGAGAGACAGAGAGAGAGAGAGAGAGAGAGAGAGAGAGAGAGAGAGAGAGAGAGAGAGAGAGAGAGAGAGAUUAUGCCCACAAUGGCGACCGAAGGUAUGUUCGAAAACCUUUGGUUCCUUAUCCGGGGACUACCUCUCACUCUGCUAUUGGGCCGUGGGGUCACGUGGUAAAAGUAACUUUACAGGGCUGCUCGCAAGUAGGAGGGCUUUAUGGAGCAGAAAAACGACAAAGCUAGAAAAAUUAUUUUCCACUCCAGAAAUUAAUGAUCAUGAGCUCGUAUUUGAUGGACUCUACCUACAUUGAUCCGAAAUUUCCUCCAUGCGAGGAAUAUUCACAAAACAGCUACAUCCCCGACCACAGCCCCGAAUAUUACAGCCGCGCAAGGGACCCUGGCUCUGGCUUCCAGCAUCACCAUCAGGAGUUAUACCCUCCGCGGGCGAGCUACCAAGAGCGCCAAUAUAACUGUGCAAGCAUCCCUGAACCUGACACGCAAAGGGGACAUGGACUACCCCAUACUGCGCACCUGCUUGCAGGGAAAGGGCAGCCAGCCUCAUGUGAGACCCCACAGCUACCCAUGUCCCCCACCACCCCACCGGCUGCGUCCUCCGCCUGCAACCAAGCUACACCGGAGCACCCAAAUAGCUCAGCCUCCUCCAAGCAGCCCGUGGUAUACCCAUGGAUGAAGAAAAUUCACAUCAGCACUGGUAGGCAACUUGUCUCUGUGUUUGUCUUUUCUCUCUCUCCACUCUCUACUCCUCUCUCUCCUCCUUUCCCUCCCUUUAUCAGUGCCUCUAACUCCCAUCUCCUUCCCAGCCCCUGCUACGAUAGGGGAGAAGCUUUUGAAAUGGCACAAUUGAGGCGGAUUUACGACUCAGCGUCGCGAACCCGAAUUACAAUGGAGCGGAUUCCAAGCGGUCUAGGACAGCCUACACUCGACAGCAGGUCUUAGAAUUGGAGAAGGAAUUCCACUAUAACCGCUAUUUAACUCGGCGGAGGCGCAUUGAGAUAGCUCACACAUUGGUUCUCUCCGAACGACAAAUCAAAAUUUGGUUUCAGAACCGCAGGAUGAAGUGGAAAAAAGACCAUAGGCUUCCUAACACCAAAGUGAGAUCCUCCACCACGGGCGUAUCCUCCGGGUCCAACACAACCUCAUCAACCGGCGCUGUCGCCACUUCCGCGGCCACUGGUGCCAUUAUUCCAAAUGAACUUUCCGGAGGAGAGGAUGGCGAGGA